UAAGAGCAAAAACCUACGAUUAAAAAAAUUUCAAAAAAAAACUGCAAAGUGUAUUUAUACAUUAUAUUUUUGGCUACUAUUUUAACUUCUUGGCUUGGAACUUUUUUUUAGUUUUUCUUUUGUAAAACAUGAAGGAAUAUGACGAAAUCAUAUUCGUGGAUCAGCUGAAGCACCAUCGAGUGGUGGCCACUCAGAUUCAGAAAACUCGUAACAAUUGGCAGCAGUAUAGCUCCUGGUUUUCGGUGGCCCAGAGGGAGUACUACUCCCAGUACGCGUCUAUAUAUGCUGAGAGUCUGGAAAAGUACGGAGAUGAAAAGUUUGGGUACUAUGCAAGGAGGAUCCGCCUGCGUCCGGAAUUCUCUGGCAAUUCCAGGGCUUCGAUGAAACCGGAUGAUAGAAAGACACAAAUAUCGAUGGCGCACCUAAAAGGAUACAAGUGCUCAAAAACAAGCAAUGGCGAAUAUGGAAAUGUGCGCCCAUCAGAAAUAUUUUACUGUUUUUAAAUUAGUUACGGUUUAAACGUUAUAAUCAAAAGACAACUUAAAACGACGAAAUUAUUAAUAUAUUGAAUAUUAUGCUUUACUUUUCUAGUAAGGAAAAU